CGCUGUGCUCCCUUCCAGUGGGAGCGGGUGUGCGGUGGGAGCUUUGUGUUCAGAAACAACUGGAGAGAAAACAUGGGCUGAGUUGGUAGCGGCAUGUACAUCCAAUUCUCAAACUCACCGUGCUAAAAUAAACUCGGGAAUGGGAAAUAUACCAGUGAGAAAUCUGGGAAUAAGAGGUAGGGCACAAAAUGAUGAGCACGUCUGAUUUGAGCAGCGCUUUCUCGAAAGAGCCCGAAAACGCAGCCGCCACUUAAAAUAAUAUCCAUUAUUAGAUAUAUUAAUAACCAUAACGUCUGCGAGCUGGAUAGCUGCGCUGCCUGCUGUGGAUUUUCAUUGACUGCCCCAAGUGGCUGACGCCAAUGUCUCCGGCACCAUCCCAGUGAGUGAAGAAAGAGGAGAACAAGGGUCUCCCAGCUCUGCAGAGAUGAAUAAAGCUAAGUACAAGAGUGCUUGAGCAGAAGGCAUCGUGGUGGACAACAGGGCUUCUGUGAUGAUGAUGAUGAUGAUGAUGAUGAUGAUGAUGCUGGCCAUGCCUGCACUCCCCUGGGAAGAAUGGUUUUCUCGGCCGAUAACCCCACCAUGGAGGCAGGGGAAACCAACAGCACCUUCAUAACCUAAACAGAGAAACGUGUGAACCUAUCUCAGCUGCAUCUAGGUGCACAACGUGACAUGGCUGACGUUUCAGCUGAGAACAGUUCCUCUGAUUACCAGGCAUUCAUGGACAGGGGGACACCUACCUUCAGCCCCCAGGACAAUGAGCAGAGUCUCAACCUGCCUCUCCAAAUCUUCUUUCUCAUUGUCAUCAUCUCCAUACUGCUGGUGGCUUUCCUUGGAAAUGUGGUCGUUUGCCUCAUGGUGUACCAAAGGUCCGCCAUGCGCUCGGCCAUCAACAUCCUGCUGGCCAGCUUGGCUUUUGCAGACAUGAUGCUGGCCAUCCUGAACAUGCCCUUUGCCCUGGUCACCGUGGUAACCACUCGCUGGAUCUUUGGAGAUGUUUUCUGUCGGGUGUCAGCCAUGUUCUUCUGGCUUUUUGUCAUUGAAGGUGCCGCAAUUCUACUUAUAAUAAGCAUUGACCGAUUCCUCAUAAUUGUCCAAAAGCAGGACAAACUGAGUCCUUACAGGGCUAAAGUUCUGAUAGGUUUCUCCUGGGUUUUUUCCUUCUGCUUCUCCUUCCCUCUGGCCAUAGGCGAACCAUACCUUCAGGUCCCCUCCAGGGCGCCACAGUGCGUUUUUGGCUACACUACUGAGCCGGGCUACCAUGCCUAUGUGAUCCUCAUUACAUUAGUCUUCUUUUUUGUGCCCUUUAUGGUAAUGCUGUACACUUUCAUGGGCAUCCUCGGUACAGUCCGUCACAACGCAAUUCGCAUCCACAGUCACCCAGACAGCAUCUGCCUGAGCCAGGCCAGCAAGCUGGGUCUCAUGAGCCUGCAGAAGCCCUUCCAGAUGAACAUAGACAUGAGCUUCAAGACACGUGCCUUCACCACCAUCCUCAUUCUCUUUUCAGUCUUCACAGUGUGCUGGGCACCCUUCACCACGUACAGCCUCAUCUCUACCUUCAAUCGGGGCUUCUACAACCGGGCAAACUUUUUUGAAAUCAGCACCUGGCUUCUCUGGCUCUGCUACCUCAAGUCUGCCCUUAACCCUCUCAUUUACUACUGGCGGAUCAAGAAGUUUCGGGACGCUUGCCUUGACCUAAUGCCUAAGUACUUUAAAUUCCUACCGCAACUGCCGGGUCACACGAAGCGAAGGAUUCGUCCCAGUGCCAUCUACGUGUGCGGAGAGCACCGCUCGGUCGUGUGACACCCGGAUCCAAAAGACACCUUCUUUUGCCCCUUCUCUGUUCCGCUUUGUAAGUGUCUGGGAAAUCAUUGUGUAAUUCACCAUUGUUUGAAAGUAUAACAUUGAUUUGACUUAUAAAUGACUGGUUUACAGAAUGUGUAAAUUUACUGUUUAUAUGGAUCCUUCCGAAAGGGUCUAACAAUGAAAUUAUUACUGGUUUCAAUAUUGAUAUUUCUAUUUUGAGCAUCCGUGCCUACAAUUUAGUCUAUGCCAGUUCGAAUGCUGCUAUAUCUGGUGAUAAUGUGCAGUUUCAGUGUACUGUACUUUAACU